AUGCUGCAUGUGGUGUGUAUAAAUGAAAACAGAAAGAAACCUGAACCAUCUUCACAUUUGGGGUAUAUCUUUUUUUUUUUUUUUUAUUUUCUCAUGGGAGAUUUAGAUAUUAACUUGCAAAGAACGUUAAUGAAGAUGAAUCAUCCUUCUUCAAGAAUGGCCAUGGCUCCUUCUGGUUCUACUUCUUCAACAAAAACAGAAAGAAAAGUCAUUGAGAAAAACAGAAGAAAUCAAAUGAAGACCCUCUUCUCCAAUCUCAAUUCUCUCUUUCCUAGACGAAAUGCAAAGGAAGCACCGCCACUACCUGAUCAGAUAGAUGAAGCUAUAAACCACAUAAAAAGUCUUGAGGAAAAGUUGAAGAAAUUAAAGGUAAAGAAAGAGAGCUUAUCAGCCAGAAAAAGGCCGUUUUCUGAAUGCUCAGAUUCUUAUGAAUCUGCGUCAGCCUCAAGAGCACCUCAACUGCAAAUUAAAGAAAUGGGUUCUGCUCUUGAGAUAGUUUUGAUAAGUGGGUUAGAUAAUCAGUUCAUGUUCUAUGAGAUUAUUCGCAUUCUUCAUCAAGAAGGUGUAGAUAUUGCUAGUGCUAGUUAUUCAGUUGCUGGCAAUUCAAUUGUUUAUAUAGUGCACGCAGAGAUUAGAGAAUCUAAUUUCAGUUUUGGAGCAGCAAAAGUAACUGAUAGACUUAACAGGUUUGUCAAUGAAUUGAGCAGCGAAAUAGAAGUAGAACCAGAGUUAUGGGACUUUAAUGAUCUUCAACCCGACACAUGGGCAUUCUAAACAUAUAAACGCUAGCUGUAUGGAAUAUUUAGUAGAAGUAUAUCAGAUGAUGUGGUGUUGUAUAAUGUCCUAUAUGUAGCAAAGAAGCCUUCUUGUUCUUUCUAAUAAUAUGGGCAACUAAUAGGAUUCAAAUUCUCCAA